AUGGAACAAAUACAGAUUUCAGCGUCAGAAAAAGAUGAGUUUAUGAAAAAGUUUAAAUAUUACAAGUCCAAUAAACCCAAGCCAUCCUUAGAUCAAGUUGUAAAAGUUGAAAAAGGUUGCUCUAAUUUGGUCACUGAGUUAUGUCCUGAUAAAAAAGUAGAAGAACCAAGAACACAACUCUUAGGUUUAAGAAGUUCAAAUGAAUGGCAAUUAUAUAAGUUUCAAAUGCAUCCUGGUUUGAUAUUUAUAAAAAAUCCAUUUACUGAUGUGGGUCAAAGAUUCUGGAUAAGAAAAUGUCUAGAAGAAUAUCCACGAAAGCCAAAUAAAUUGAACAUAGACAUAGGAAGCAAUUGUCAAGAUUGGUGGGCUGAAUGUCAUGGAAAUACAGAUAACAAUAAGCUACUGUUAAAGAAACUAAGAUGGACUACAUUAGGAUACCAUCAUAAUUGGGAUACAAAAGUGUACAGCGAAGACAAUAAGACUCCAUUUCCUAAUGAUUUAGCAGAACUUUCAGAUGUGUUUGCCAGAUGUUUAGGAUAUAAAAACUUUCGAGCGGAAGCAGCAAUUGUCAAUUAUUAUCAUAUGAAUUCUACUUUGUCAGCUCACACUGACCACUCUGAAAUUAAUUUGGAUGCACCACUAUUCUCUUUUAGUUUUGGCCAGUCAGCAAUAUUUUUAAUAGGCGGCAAGGAGAAAUCCGUAGAACCUUCAGCACUUCUUAUUAAUAGUGGUGAUGUUAUUGUUAUGUCCAACGAGACCCGCUUGUGUUAUCAUGCUGUUCCUAAAAUAUUACCAUCACCAGCCUCACCGUGGGAAGGAACUGAUUAUGAAAUAAGCAAUCUUGAUGUUUCUGAUUUAAAAUACAUAGUUCAUCCCGAAGAAAUUCUAUCAUCUAUGAAACAAAAUACCAGUAACCAAGAAUGGGAUAAAUUUAGACAUUACAUUAAAGAAUCUAGGAUAAAUAUUAAUGUAAGACAAGUAUUAAAUGAAAAACAGACGAGUUUAUGA